AUGGCCGACCUCGCAGGCCGCAAGGUGUUCAAGGUGUUCAACCAGGAGUUCAUCGUCGACGAGCGGUACAAUGUGACCAAGGAGCUAGGCCAGGGCGCCUACGGCAUCGUCUGUGCCGCCACCAACAACCAGACGGGCGAGGGCGUGGCCAUCAAGAAGAUCACGAACGUGUUCAGCAAGAAGAUCUUAGCCAAGCGCGCCCUGCGCGAGGUCAAGCUGCUGCAGCACUUCAGAGGCAAUGUUUGCCUGCAGAUAACAUGCCUCUACGACAUGGACAUUCCUCGACCAGAUAACUUCAACGAAUGCUACCUCUAUGAGGAGCUCAUGGAGUGCGACCUGGCCGCCAUCAUUAGGUCGGGCCAGCCGCUCACCGACGCCCACUUCCAGUCCUUCAUCUACCAGAUCCUGUGCGGUCUCAAGUAUAUCCACUCGGCAAACGUCCUCCAUCGCGACCUGAAGCCCGGUAAUCUCCUCGUCAACGCCGACUGCGAGCUCAAGAUCGCCGAUUUUGGCUUGGCUAGAGGCUUCUCCAUGGAUCCUGAGGAGAACGCGGGGUACAUGACCGAAUAUGUCGCUACUCGGUGGUACAGAGCGCCUGAGAUCAUGUUGAGCUUCCAGAGUUACACAAAAGCCAUUGACGUCUGGUCCGUGGGCUGCAUUCUGGCUGAGUUAUUGGGCGGCAAGCCGUUCUUCAAGGGCCGAGAUUACGUCGACCAGUUGAACCAGAUCCUGCACUACCUUGGGACACCCAACGAGGAGACGCUAUCACGCAUUGGGUCACCUCGUGCCCAGGACUACGUGCGCAACCUGCCGUACAUGCAAAAGGUCUCCUUCCAGUCACUAUUCCGCCAAGCCAAUCCGGAUGCCCUCGACCUCUUGGACCGCAUGCUUGCAUUCGACCCUUCGAGCCGUAUCUCAGUUGAAGACGCUCUGGAGCACAGGUACUUGCACAUCUGGCACGACGCGUCUGACGAGCCCUCGUGUCCCACGACGUUCGACUUCCAUUUUGAGGCUGUCGAGGAAAUUGGCGAAAUGAAGAAGAUGAUCUUGGCAGAGGUCCACCGGUUCCGCCAGCUUGUGCGAGUUCAACCCGGUGCGAACGCCUCGCAACAGCAACAGCAACCUGGUCAGGCCGUACCAAUUCCGAACAACUACGACCGUAGUGGGUACGAGGAUCCGCGGCCGCAUGAGGCCAUGAUGCAGGGUGGUUGGCAAGGUAACGACUUGGAGAGGGACCUGCAAGGUUUGGACGCUCGUGGUGGUAUGCGGUAA